AUGGCCACCGGAUCAUCGCCAGCGACGGUCAUCCGAUAUGGGCAGCCACCUGGCGCAGACACAUCGGCUCCAUCCAACCUGCCGCGGUAUCCACCCCCGGGGCCCAGCAUGUCGGGUGCCCUGCCCGAUAACUGGCAACCUACCAAGAUUUCUGACACAGGUCCGCCCGGCCAACCUUAUUCCAGGCCCGUCCGAGUAUACUCCCCGCAGGAGAUCCCGACGAACAUAAAGACCGCUCGCUUGAGCGUCGAGCACGGCUUGAAAGAGCUGAUCAGCCUCCAGCAGCGACGUCCUCAGCUUGAAGGGGUCGCCUUCCUGGACCAGUUCCGGCUACAAUCCGCCAAUGUCCUCGGCGACCUGAACGCGUUGCGGGGGGAGGUGUCGGACACAAUAAGAGCCGCAGAGCGGCAUAGGUGGCGGAAGUGGCUUUUGGGAGGCCUGGCCGCGGCACUCAUCCCAGCAGUGAGGGCGAUAUGGAAAAGACCACAGCAUGACAGCGAGUCAUCCAACACUACCGAAUAUGCAUUCCAGAAGAGCAAGUCGCUCAUCACUCGCAUACUGAGUGCUGUCCGAAGCAGCUUCGGUGGCCUGGCGUCUGUGACCUUCUUCGUGUUUGCGGUGCUGUAUGUCUUUCAGAAUGAGGUGUCUCUGCGCGUGGCCAAGACGGUGUCCAAGAGGCUGAAGAGGCUACACGCCAAGGUCGAGAGAGGCGACCAGGAGAUCACCCAAGCUGAUCUGAAACUACUUCGCGGAUGGCGGUGGCGGAUACUACUGUGA